UUCGAUUUCAAUAUGGCCGAUAAUAGUGUAUCUAAAUAAAAGGUCGUAAUAAUUGUGCGCGAACUAUUUUUGUAUUUAUAUAAGUUUAAUUUAAUGUCUUAGGUUUAAACUAUUGCGGUAUGUUUCCGCUAACGCCGCCUGUGGUAAAACGGCUGUUAGGGUGGAAAAAGGGUCCUGAAGGAACAUCCGUAGCAGAAGAUAAGUGGUCUGAAAAGGCAGUAAAAAGUUUAGUGAAAAAAUUAAAAAAGAGUGGUGCGUUAGAAGAACUAGAGAAGGCAAUUUCAAGUCAAAAUAGUCAUACAAAAUGUGUUACAAUUCCCAGAGUUAAACCAAACGAUAACAUCAUCAACGGACAGUACCGCAAGGGGUUGCCGCAUGUUGUUUACUGCAGGCUGUGGCGUUGGCCACAGCUACAGAGCCAUCAUGAAUUGAAGCCGGUCGAUCAUUGCGAGUAUUCUUAUCAACUGAAAAAGGACGAAGUGUGCAUUAACCCUUACCAUUACACUAAAAUUGAUUCGCCUGCAUUACCACCAAUCUUAGUACCGCGGUGCACCGAAGGCUCGGAACCCCGGGCCCCGCCGCCAUACACCGACUACGUGCAACUGCACCAUCCACACGAACACACGGACGCCGUUAUGCAGUCGGGUGGAGUAUUGGGCCACAGCGCCAUGUAUUUGGAAGCAACACUGGCCCAACAAGUACCAGGAAACACUACAGUACAUGUGAGUUCCUCGUCAGUGGAAACCCCUCCACCCGGCUACAUAAGUGAAGACGGUGACCCAAUGGAUCACAACGACAAUAUGAACAUAACCCGCCUCUCGCCACCCCCUGGCGGUGGGGCGGCCCCGGUGCUGUACCACGAGCCCGCGUUCUGGUGCAGCAUCUCCUACUACGAGCUCAACACCAGGGUGGGGGAGACGUUUCAUGCGUCACAGCCCUCCAUUACUGUGGACGGCUUCACCGACCCCAGCAAUAGCGAAAGAUUCUGUCUGGGUCUGUUAUCGAACGUGAACCGGAACGAGGUUGUUGAACAAACCCGCCGGCACAUCGGCAAAGGGGUCCGAUUGUAUUACAUAGGUGGCGAAGUGUUCGCUGAAUGUCUAAGCGAUUCAUCGAUCUUCGUCCAAAGUCCGAACUGUAACCAGCGCUACGGAUGGCAUCCGGCUACUGUCUGCAAGAUACCGCCUGGUUGCAAUCUGAAGAUAUUCAACAACCAAGAGUUUGCCGCUUUACUCUCGCAGUCGGUGUCGCAAGGAUUCGAAGCUGUAUUCCAAUUGACAAGAAUGUGUACUAUAAGGAUGAGUUUUGUCAAAGGAUGGGGGGCGGAGUACAGACGACAAACCGUCACCUCCACUCCUUGUUGGAUUGAAUUACAUCUGAACGGGCCAUUGCAAUGGCUGGACCGUGUGCUGACGCAGAUGGGUUCCCCACGCUUACCCUGUUCCUCUGUGUCUUAGGGCCACAGUAUGAAAUUUAACCAACAGUUGGGAGCGACAACUCAUCAACACAUGAAAUACCUCCGCAUGAGUCUUAAAUUAUCUCAUACGAUAGGAUAACUAACAUAGCUUGCUCCAUUCCGAACAUUAAUUACGUAAUUUUUAAUUAAAUAUAGCACGUCCUUUUCUGUCUUUACUAGAACGGAAAGAGAUGACACGAAUAGAAGCAUUAAAUCAUUUUAUUUCUUACAUUAAUCUGCGUGAUUAGAAAUGCUAAAGGUGUUUGUUUUUAAUAGAAAAAAAUCUCAGAGAAGUACGACUCGCCUACCGACGGUUCCGUACAAAUUUAUAGUUACGCCACAUAAACAGCUGUAUUCCUUUGUUUAUGGUUCAAUUACACUUAAUCGUUGGCCCUUAAUCGUUGGUAUUCGGGUGCGGGAAAGACAUUACUCAAAUAGGGUAUUUGACAGUAUUAAAAAUAAAGUACCAUAAAUGUUAGCAUCUGUGUUUAGAAUGAAUAUUGGCAGGGGUUUUUACAAUUUUUACAAAAAAAGAAUAUUCAUAAU